AUGAUUGUUGUUGCAAAGAAGAGGACUGCUCUGGUGCUGUUGCUCGUGGCAUUUCUUCAGGUUGCACCGUUUGCUGUCUAUGCACAGCACUCCUUGGAGUGCCAAAAGAUUUGGAAGGGGCCCAGCGCCGACAACGACAUUGUGGCAUGCUUGUCGAAUGUUGACCGUCUCUUUGGUCAAUGGCGCCUGCUUCUUCUUCCCGUACUGAACAUUGUUCUUUUGGCUGUUCUCUUGUUGGUCUUUCCUUUGCUGUUUCUGUGUGUUCUCUGUUGUCGUUGCUGUUGUAUUCCUGAUACACUAGGAAGCACGAAGCGUGCACGGUGCUGCAUGUGGCUGUGGAUCUCAUACGCCUUUAUUUGGUCUGGUGUUAUGUUUUAUCUUGUUUUUUUUGGUGCCGGAUUGCUGAUCCAGACUGCCCCGCGUGUUAUGGAUGACGCUGUGUCAGGACCUUUGACUUACUUUAACUUCACCGCGGAAAAGAUUGUUGACUUUGCAUCUGACUGGUCUACAGGUCAACGCAAGCAGCUUGAUGCUAUUCCUUUGGACCUCACGGAUUUCAGAACUGUCCACGAAAAGGCUAUGAAAUGUAUUAAGGUGUCAAAGCAGAACUACUUUAAUUAUUUGGAUAGGAUUUCUAUUACAACGUACGCUGUAUCAAGUGUGGGUAUUGUUUUGGUCUUACUUAUUCUGCCAUUCGCUUGCUGCCACUGCUGUAUCCCGUUUUUUCCACUCAUCCUUUCAUGCCUUUACUGGGUGACUGCCAUCGUUUUUGCGGUGCUGGGAACUGUAGUGGGGGUGUUGGCGUAUGUUGCUGUCGUUGGUUGUGGCGAAUUGCAACUGCAUUACACACGUCAGCCAGGACUUGCCCAAUGGUAUGCCGUGCCUUACUGUCAGAGACAGUUCAACUUUACAAAGAUCAACCGAAUGAUUCGCGAAAAAGAAGUUGAACUUUCUAAAGGUGCCUGUAAGCAACUGUUGGCAGUGUGUGAACCACAAAAAGAAGACAACGUUUUACCUUCGAAAUUACUUGCAAGUAUUUCUCUCCACAUUAAUAAUGCACAACGCUUGAAACUACUUUCAGGAGAUGCUCUGGGUGGUGCUGUCCCGGGUGGUGCUGGCCCGGGUGGUACUGUCCUGGGUGGUGCUGUCCCGGGUGGUACUGUCCCGGGUAGCGCUGUCCCGGGUGGUGCUGUCGGGUGUUGUUCCGGGUGUUACAGGUGA